CCCCUAUUGAGAAGAGUUCUUUGUGUGCAGCUUAAAUUGUUCUGUCUUAAUUAUUUGAUAUUUUAAUUUAUCUGUUUUUGGGACAUAGUUUUCGAAAGGGCCUAAACCAACAUCAAAAUCAAAAACAAGCAAUAAUAUGCGAAAUGGGAAAUGCAAAUAAGAAGCCGUUAUCAGACGAAUGUGAUACCGACUCUGAUUCGUCAUCAGACUCCAGACCCGGUGAAAUUAUACUCGUAGAUCUGACGGACUCGGAUGAGGAUUUAAAUCCAGAAGACGCCAAAGUUAUUAAAAAUCGAUAUCCAGACGCAUUAAACGAUGUCGAAAAAUAUUCUGACGGUGGCACAAAAACGCAUGAGAUGGAAAAAGAACAGGCUGGUAUUAAACGCGGAUUCCAGGAUAUAGAGGACACCGCCAGUCAAAGGAAAACGCAGCUGUUUUGUGGACCAUGCAACAUUCAACGCAAAACCGCCAUUGCAAUGACGUUCUGUCCUGUUUGUGACAACGAUCUUUUGUGUGCACUAUGUUCAUCGAUCCACAAUGCGUUGCCUGUAACGAACUCGCAUACGGUGUUAGACGUUUCUGCAUAUCCGGCUAAAAACGAAGGGGGAAAUUUUGGUACAGGAUACAAUCCUAUCUGCAACCUGUGUCUUAUUCAAAAAGUUGAAACUGAAGCAAUCCUUCAAUGUCAAGAGUGCGAAACACAGCUGUGUGAUUCGUGCAGUAAUCAGCAUAAAGCACAGAUGGCGACCCGUUCUCACAAUCUAAUAAACAUAAAUGACGAAACACCUAACACCAAACGAGCACGUCUACAACCACCGUGUACUUCAACAUCUCCGGACGAAGAGGAAACGAAAACUCCUAGUCGACCAACAGCACAUUCCGUUACAUCAGACACUCUCACGCUUGCAUGGACAAAGCCAACACAAUUUGAGGAGGGGAAUUAUUUUCAGAUCGGAUACAAGGAGUCGGAAUCGAAUUGGAGAAUAUAUUCCGGCGAGUUCACAGAAUGUACCCAAGUUCUGACAAAUAUCAAGUGUAACACAGAGUACAUAUUUCGGGUUCGAGCUGUUUACAGCGAUGGAGAAGGACCAUACAGUAAGGAGAGUGCAGUAGUUAAGACCCCAAAUUCGACUGCCUUCAGAUUGUGUGAGGUAUCUGUGCGUAGUGAUGAUGGAGUUACACCUCCCUUUCGGUACGCUUUACCAAUGCGCGAAAUCACAGAGGCGCGAAAUGUUAAGGCUAAAACAAGAAAGUUUGUUUUAGGUUCGCCCAAAGACACGGAUUGGAAGGAAAAGACCUUGCUGAUGAUUGGAGAGACAGGGACAGGCAAGAGUACCCUGGUUGAUGGAAUGGCAAACUUCAUUCUGGGGGUGACCUGGAACGAUCCCUUUAGGUUUAAUAUUGUUAAUCUAGAAGACGAAGAAAAGAAAAAGGUUGGGAAUCAGGCGGUUUCACAAACAGAAUGGAUUACAUGUUAUGCCAUCUACCCGCACGAAGGGAGCAGAAUUCCAUAUACAAUCAACAUUAUCGACACCCCGGGCUUUGGUGAUACUAGAGGGCUUGAUCGGGAUCAGGAAAUCGUUGAACAAAUCCGAGAAUUGUUUUCAGCGAAACCCCCAAGGGGCGUGUUAUCUAUUGACGCAGUUUGCUUUCUAAUUAAAGCGCCGGAUGCACGAUUAACGCCAGUUCAAAGUUACAUCUUCCAAUCAAUCAUGUCCCUAUUUGGAAAGGACAUAGAAGACAACAUAUGCUCACUUAUAACAUUUGCCGACGGUAUGGACCCCCCUGUUCUUGCAGCAAUUAAAGAGUCAGGAUUGCCGUUUGGUGAGCGUUUUACGUUCAACAAUUCGGGUCUUUUUGCAAGAAACAUGGGUCUCUCUCAGAGCAGUUUAUCACCAAUGUUUUGGGAUAUGGGUCUUGUAAGUUUCAGAAACUUCUUCAAUCACUUGGAUUCACUGGAGACAAAGAGCCUGCAACUGACCAGUGAUGUUUUAUAUGAGCGAAGUCGCUUGGAAGCAACAAUAAGGAAUCUACAGCCAAUGCUUGACGUUGGACUGAAUAAAAUCAGCGAAUUAAAAUCGGAGAUAAACAUUUUUCAAGAAAACAAGUCUAUUAUCGCCGAUAAUAAAGACUUUACGUAUGUUGUUCCGACAACUAAACACAUAAAAAUCGAUCUACCAAGUGGGUUACAUGUUACAAAUUGCACAUAUUGCAAUUUCACUUGUCAUGAAAAUUGCACUAUUGUAAACGAUGCUGAAAAGAUCGGUUGUUGGUCAAUGACGGAUGGAUUUUGUAGAAUUUGUCCGGAAAGAUGUUUCUGGAAUCAACAUGCAAACACGCCGUACAUUUUCGAUUACAUCACUGUUGAUGAAACGAAAACAUACGCAGAAAUGAAAAAGAAAUAUGAAGAGGCAUCGGGAAAGCUUCUAACCCAGGAACAAGUGUUGGACAAAAUGAGAGAGGAGCUUGACGAAAUCGACGAUAUGAUUCAAACGAUGAUGCUUGUUGUCCGUGAUUGCAAUAUCCGUCUAGGAAAAAUUGCCCUGCGACCAAAUCCAUUGUCCAUGACUCAACACAUCGAUUUAAUGAUUGAAAGUGAAACGAUGGAGAAGAAAGAUGGCUGGUAUGAGAGGGUUCAGACGCUGUACCGGUUCCGUAAGCGAGCACAGGUCGUGACUGACGCUGAAAGUUUUUUCAAGGAAGCAAUUAACCUUGGGGUGACUGGCUGCAGGCGAAAAGACAAGGAAACUAUAUUUCGAAGGUUUCGUGAUAUGGUUGAAGGGAAAAGACAUACGGAUGGACAGCCAACCUCAAGUAGUAGUGAAGCGUCUAACGUAUAAGAGUCGAAUUCAUGCAGCAAACAGCAAUAAACUGAAGACAGUGACAUCACAAAAUGUUUUUUUUGCUAACAGUAACUUUAUAGAUCAAUAAUAUAACAGCGACAAGUACUGCUCAUGUAGUUUUAUCACACUUCAUUAAACAAUGAGUUUAAGUCUACAUGUCUAUCUUACAAUUAAUGUUCAUAUUUGAAUCGAAUCUGAACGUGGAUUGUGAUGAGAAUGUUUUUAUUUUUAGAAUACCAGUGUUCAUUUUUCUCAAAUCUUUCGAAGCUCCUUAUGACAAUUUUAUUUUUUAUUUUGACAAUAAUAGUUUUCUAAAAUUUCAUGUACCACGGUGUUGCAUUAUUUAUAGAUGUAGUGAAAGUUAAAAAUUGUAAGGAUUUAAGAGAUUUAAUUUACAGUUUUGUGCAGUGUGUUAACUAUUAUUUCAAUAAAUGACAACAUGGAUACAGCAUGUCUCAGCCAUAUUAUUAUUCACAUAUUUUUAUUGAGCACGGAUAAGUUAACGGUGUAUAUACUCUAAAAACAUAACAGCGGAUCAAAGACAUUAAACUUAUUUCGAUUUUCACACGUAAAUGGGAUGAAUCACAGUAGUGCAGAGUUUACCCCACAUUUCGAUCAUACUGGAUGAAAGCUCUAAUCGAUUCAAAAGUAAGCACGUUCCGAAUGUAAGAGAAUGUGAU